AUGUCCACCUUCAUUGUUGGACAGGGCGCCAUGGGCUCACUUGUGGCCCAUGAGCUUGCACUUGGCCAGAGGCAUGUGCCCACGCUUCUCAUGAAGUCGAGGAAAUCGCUCGAUGUUUAUUCGAACAAUGGUGGCUCGAUCACAGUGAUGAGGCCUCUGCGGGCAGAUUCAAUAGCAAGCACAGUGCCCGUAGAGGCAAUACAUGGCCUCGGAAGCAAACUUUCAGGAGAAGAAAGCAUUAAAAACUUGAUCAUUGCCACGAAAACUUACAGCACUGCAGACGCCAUCCAGAGCUAUCUACCUUAUAUCUCUCAAGACACGAACAUAUUGUUUUUACAAAACGGAAUGGGCGUCGUGCCUCGGUUGAAGGAGAGCUUCUGGCCCAACUCGUGGGAAGUGCCAAAACUCUACCAUGCGAUAAGCACGCAUGGGGCCUUCAAAACGUCACCCAACGUCGUGCAUCAUGUGGGGCUUGGGAACCUUCUUAUAUCCCAGCUUCCGUUGGGAGACCAAAAUAACAAGUUUCCUUCUUAUAUACCACUGGACAUACCCGAGAUAGUCCAGGGUCUCACCGAGAGCUCUCAUCUUGAGACGCUGUAUGUGCCGUAUGCGCAAUUCAUCCUCAAACAAAUGGAGAAAUUGGUGGUCAAUGCUUGCAUCAACCCGCUCACGACCACACUAGAUUGUCUCAAUGGGGAUUUACUUUUCGCAAAGAACCUCACCUACACGUUGAACAAGAUCAUCGGGGAAUGCAUUGAAUGUUUCAAGAAGGAAUAUGACAUAAUCUCCAUGGAUUCUGAGGCGGGCGUCAUUCUUUCCCGGGACCGGCUCUUGUCCUCUGUUUUGUCUAUCUGCAAAUCUACUGCAAUGAAUAGCUCUUCGAUGAGAGAGGAUGUUCGCCGGCUCAAAUACACCGAGAUUGACGCUAUCAAUGGGUAUAUUGUUAGUUUGGGCAUCAAGAGGAAGGUUGCCACGCCUGCAAACCGAAUGCUUCUCGACUUGGUGAGAAAUAAAGUGGCGAUCGAGAAAGCAAAGGAAAACCAAGCUUUACACCGCUCGUUCAGGAUGUGA